AUGGAGGGACACCACAUGGACGUCGACGCCUGGAGGCACGUUCGCCUGGGCGAUGAGCCAAUUUACUGCGCUGCCCCGUCGCCUCCGAAUCCCCGCGACCUUAUCUGCGCCGGGUCAGACGAUGAACUCGACGAUGCUGCGAAGCUUGCCAAAAGAACGAGGUACGAAGAGCAGGGACUUCGUUAUUUACGCGGCAUGCCGCUGCGAAUCAUGUCCGCAUCUCUACGAGGUCCCUUUGACCAGACUUCGGGCUGGCAGAACCCUUGGCUUCCGAAGCUUUCCUCGAUUGCCGUACCUCCUAUUGCCGCUCGGCCUCAAUCGAAACAUCUCCCCGCAAUUGAACCGGCCCUCUACAAAGAAAUCGCCAGUGUUCCCGAAGUGGAGGAUGGCACUACGCCGGGGCAUGAUAACUCCAUGUUAUGUCACUUGCCCAGUCCUCAAAGCCAUCGCGAACUUGAACUCGACAGCAAUAUCCUAGAUGCGGAGAAGAGGGUACAAAUAGAGGCCUGGGCAGACAGUUUGCCAGCAGGCACAUUGGGAAGGGACGAGUUCUGGGUUCCAGACCAAGACCUCGUUGAACAAGAGGGUGGACUGAGCAGAAAGCGUCCUGCUGGAGAUGAUUGGUUGAAGAAGAAGGCUUCGAAGCGCAGUAGGCCAAACAACUCUCAGAGUACAGGAGCAGCUUCGACUCCCACGCCGUUGCCAGCGAUGCAACCAUCUUCGGGGAGUGUGUCCGCAGUUGGCAAGAGCACGCAUAAUAAGGAGAAAGCGUCCAUACUCGCCAAGAAGGCGGCAAGCCGCAGUUUCGAAAUGACCACACCGUCGUCUAGUGCUGACCAUGGGCGUAAGGAACCUGUGCGCAGAGUACUAGAGGCGUCGGCGAGAGGCGACACCACAGUGUCAGAUGACGAUAACAACGAAAUCGACGUGCCUCAAGUCAACGAGAAUGCCGUCUCAGGUGCGCCCAGCUCGACUACCAGCGCAACAGCAGAUCCAUCUCUUCACACUGUGUUCGAGGAGACCCCUGGGUGGUCGACUGUGGAUGACUCGACUGUGCCGAAGAAACAAGGAUACGCACGAAAUGCCGAUGAACAAACUGUUGUAGAGAAUGUACUCGAACAGCAACCAAUGGACCGGCAAGCUGAACAAUAUCAAGAGGAGGAGGGUGAUACCAAUUUUGAAAGUUGUGCAGACCAAAGUUUCCAGUACCGAGCUCGGCUACCAAAGCAAAGCACUCCUCCACCGGCUGCUGAAAAUUCGAGCCCUUCUCAGACAGGAAUACCUGAGGCGACACCGCACACUAAUGCGGUCCACGUUCCUUCAGCACCAGACUCGGAAGAGCGAACACUCAUAGAAAGGGUAGAAGAUGCUUCCGAGACACACAUCUCCGUUAACGGGAUGCUUUCUGGCAAAUCAGAGAACUCCAAGUCUAUCGGUAACGCCGAUAUUGCUCAAUCAGGUCUCGCAAAUAUGAAGUCUUCUGACGAUCAAAUGGAGUCGAUCAAACCCACUAAUCCAGUACAGGCGGAUGAAGCCACUGCUUCCGCCUUGUCCGUCAACACUAUAGAAACUGCAAGCGGAAAUACGUCACCACCCAAUGUGAGCGAGGCCGAACAUCACGUUCCAGUACCACAAACCGUACAUGAAGUCAAGAUGGGGAGAUCGACUUUCUCAGCAGGUUCCGAUCCAGUACCACAGACCAUACAGGAAGUCAAGAUGGGCCAUGGACCAAACUCUUCAGUACCCCAGACUGUACAUGAAGUCAAGGUGGGCCAUGGACAGACUUUCUCAGCAGGUUCGGACUUAGUAUUCGACGAGGGAUCGACCUUGAUAGGGGACCCAAUGGACGUCGACCAACCUGGAGGAGAUGGGACACAUAACCCCCCAAUGGUCCUUUAUGCAAUCAAGAGCCCGAAUGGUGCCAAGUCGCACGCUAGGAUAGCAGCUGAUGCGCUCGACAUGAUAGAGAACAUGAACCCUACUGAGGCAUCAAAGGGCGAAGCCAACUGCAUGGUUGACCCGGCCGUCGUGCCUCGGUCGCAGUCAAAGUCGAGUGAUGCCCAGCCUGUCAACAUGUCGUCGCUAGUCUCGGCAGGUACUAGCGAGGCCAAGAAGAGUAUACCAGUCAUUGGAGUUAAGGAAGUCUUCGAAGGAGAUGGCGAGGGAGAACAGAUUCAACCUAGUCCAUCAGAGCCUAUGCAAGCCGUAGGGCGGAAGAGCCCUUGGGGCUCGUUUGUCCUUGCGGAUACCUAUUUAGAGAUUGACGACGUCAAGCCGGAUCCAAAAGAGGAAGACCGAGGCUCAAGCUUGCGUAGCCCAACACAUAUCAACGUGUUAAGCUCUCCGGUGGGGAGCCCUGGCUCUCCAAAUAUUCGGCCAUCGCAACAAAGUCCGUGGGCUGAAGGAACAGUAGCUCCAGUGACGGUGGCUAUACAACAGCAGGGUACGGUUGUCGUGGCUGAGACUGCUACGGCAACGCUAGAGUUUGCCUCACCUGGGUCUGACGCGCAGAGUCCCUGGAACGAAUCAAACGAGCACAGUCUCUUCUCCCGGGAUUCACUCUUGCCUAGUCUACCAGGCUACAAGAUAACUCCCCAACGUCUACAACUUCAACGCGUUCCGACAGCUCUGGGCCCUCAACAAAGAGCUUUGGGGAUGAUGGACAUCUCACCUUCUACGCCCAUGGAACAUGGAUCCCGACAGUCUACUCCUGAUCCCGAGAUUUCGAUCAAAUCCUUCGCCAAAUUCAACACUCCAUCAUCUCCGCGACGACAGCAACGGCCAACCUACCGGUUCUCGUCCACUGGUCAACGUCGGGGCAUCCUAACUGGUGCCACGCCCUCCAACCCAUGGAGCAAUACACGGUCGAACCGACGUGUCUCAUUCGCACCUCUACCCGACGAGGAAGAUGAUGCCGUUGCACUUCCACCAUCCAGAGUCACUAGAGCUGCUUCUCCUCCACCGCCAACGAGUGUACGGACAAUCGAUGAAGAUGUAGAUGGGAAAUUCAGGAAUCACUUUAACGCAGUCGACCGCCGUGCCAUCGGAGAAGAUAUGCCACGGUUCCGUCUGCAACCACGUCUGCUCCCAAGCUCUUCGCAGCAGAGGGCUGUUAGUCCUGCCAUUGAUGCCAUGGCUGAGGCCUUCCGAGCAGCGGAUGCACGGCAGGAUAUCCGGUCAGAGUCCAAGGCGGAAGUCGCUGCACCUCUGGUGGACGUUGCUGCACCUAUGGCGGAGGUGACGAGUGAUGCGCCUCAGUCACCUUGGCAGGAUCACAGCGAAGUGGUAGACGAUGUCGCCGACGUGAUGGGGAACCUGGAUUCGUUUCUCGAUGCGUGGGAUGUCGAUGUCGAGAUGGACAAGGCUCGAGAGGAAGCCAAGGAGGACGAGGACCGCCGGAGACGCUCGGCUAAUGAGAUGGACACUUUACAUGGGAUGGGCAUCUUGGGCUGA